UACAUCAAUAGUAAGAAUGUUGUGUUCAAGUGUUUACCAAGUAAAAUAAUAGUGGGAGUGUUGCGUUCAAAUGUCUAUUAAGUACAUCAAUAGUAAGAAUGUUGUGUUCAAGUGUUUACCAAGUAAAAUAAUAGUGGGAGUGUUGCGUUCAAAUGUCUACUAAGUACAUCAAUAGUAAGGAUGGUGUGUUCAAGUGUUUACCAAGUAAAACAUAAACGAGAGUGUUGCGUUCAAAUGUCUAUUAAGUACAUCAAUAGUAAGGAUGGUGUGUUCAAGUGUUUACCAAGUAAAAUAAUAGUGUUGCAUUCGAAUGUCUACUAAGUACAUUAAAAGUAAGAAUGUUGUGUUCAAGUGUUUACCAAGCAAAACAUAAACGAGAGUGUUUCGUUCAAAUGUCUACCAAGUAAAACAUAAACGAGAUUGUUGCGUUCAAAUGUCUACUAAGCACAUCAAUAGUAAGGAUGGUGUGUUCAAGUGUUUACCAAGUAAAACAUAAACGAGUGUUGCGUUCAAAUGUCUACUAAGCACAUCAAUAGUAAGGAUGGUGUGUUCAAGUGUUUACCAUGUAAAACAUAAACGAGAGUGUUGCGUUCAAAUGUCUACUAAGUAGAUCAAUAGUAAGAAUGUUGUGUUCAAGUGUUUACCAAGUAAAAUAAUAGUGGGAGUGUUGCGUUCAAAUGUCUACUAAGUACAUCAAUAAUAAGAAUGUUGUGUUCAAGUGUUUACCAAGUAAAAUAAUAGUGGGAGUUUUGCAUUCAAAUGUCUACUAAGUACAUCAAUAGUAAGGAUGGUGUGUUCAAGUAUUUACCAAGUAAAAUAAUAGUGUUGCAUUCAAAUGUCUACUAAGUACAUUAAAAGUAAAAAUGUUGUGUUCAAGUGUUUACCAAGUAAAACAUUAACGAGAUUGUUGCGUUCAAUUGUCUAUUAAGUGCAUCAAUAGUAAGAAUGUUGCGUUCAAGUGUUUACCAAGUAAAACAUAAACGAGAGAUGUGAUGUUCAUGCACGGUUCAUUUUAUGCACCAGUAAAAAAACAUGGUAACACUUUAGUAUGGGGAACAUAUUCACCAUUAAUUAGCAUGCAAAUUAGUAACAUAUUGGCUCUUAACUAGUCAUUAUUAAGUACUUAUUAAUGCCUCAUUAUAACCCUAACCCUCUAACCCUGACAAAUAACUCUAAAUUAAGUCUUUAUUACUUAGUAUAUGUUCCCCAUACUAAAGUGUUACCAAGAACAUAACUUGUGUAAAAAAAUAACAUUUUAUUUUUCACUAAAGAAGGGUUGGGUGAAUGCGCAUAGGAAACUGCUGGGGUUCCGUACCUCCAACAAGGUUAAGAACCACUGGACUAGACGUAUAAGAUUUCAUGGGAUUUAGCGAUUAGGAGUGACAGAUUGUUUGGUAAACGUAUAGCAUGUUCUAUAUGUUAUAGUUAUUUGAAUGACUCUUACCAUAAUAUGUUACGUUAACAUACCAGUUGGUUAUUUAUGCCUCAUAUAACGUACACUUAUUCAGCCUGUUGUUCACUAUUCUUUAGACAUUUUAAAUUGCCUUUCAAAUGUCUAUUCUUGGCUUUUAUCAAAUACAUUUCCCCCAAAAAAUGCCACUUAUACUCCAGUGCGACUUAUAUGUUUUUUUUCCUUCUUUAUUAUGCAUUUUCGGCCGGUGCGACUUAUACUCCGGAGCGACUUAUACUCCGAAUAAUACGGAGGACAACAUGGACGCAGCAUUGGGAGGAAACCUGCAGAGAACACGAGGCAGUGACGGGGCGGUUCCUGUCAGCAGCUCGUGGCACGAGCACUCUCGUGAGUGGCUUCGCUCGGACGACAGCGCCGUCACGCCAAACUCCUCGCCCAGUCCCAGCCGGAGGUUCAGACCUGCGGGCAGAGCCUGUGUCCGAUGGCCCUCCUUGACGCCGCUCAAGAGGAAAGGGGGGGCGGAGUCAGACGGUCCGCCCAAAAAGCUUUUUGUCACCGGCGUCCUGGACCCUGCCGCCCACACGGCCAGCGCCUCGCUUGCAGACUCCGCCCCCAGCCCUCAGUCGUCUCCGCUCGCCUCCCACCUGCACCCGGCGCAUUAAUAACCCUUUCCUAAAGGCAGUGGGCGGAGCCAGAAGUGCCUUAGAGCGACAUCCAGCACAUCUUUAGCCAGCAAGGAGCAACACGUGUACAAACUCUCCUGCGCACGUCCAAAAAGGCGCUCAAACCGGACGCUUUUUUUUAUUUUUUUAGGCGUCCGGAGGGUCGUUAUUUCUCCACUUGAAGUGAAGGAUUUGCACUCGUAUGAAGCCAAAGACCGCCUCGGCGCUCAUUUCCAGACUUUUGGAUUUCAGCUUGGAGGCGAGCGAGGCAGCCGUCGUCAUGGCGACGGCUUGAAGUAUUUGGUUUGUCAACAAGACUUUUCACAGGAAGGAAAAAGAACAAAAUGUAUUUUUAUGCAAUGUCGAUACAGGAUUAAUAAACGUGUCAAAACAGUCGCA